CUCGCAAUUCACUAGUCUUCCAGAUUCCUUAUAAUACAAUCGUAACAAGGCAAUAAUUUGUAGAAUCUUCGUAAGUGUUCUAUUUCAGUGGAUGUACUUUAUUAAAUUGUGCUAAAUUAUUGCCUUGUAUAAAACUAAUGUCUGGAGCACCGUAUUAUGAAGAUGACGGCGGAUCACUGAAUUCUGGACCAUAUCCUUUUCCAUUCGAUGAUGAUCGUCGAUUUCAGAAUUCCUUACAUCAAGCGAUUUUUCAUGAGGAUGAUCCUGGACGUAACGACGCGGGUGGUUCUGCUUUAAUUGACCAACCAUUUCACGAUAUACCGAAAACAAAUGUGAACGCGGCUAACCCUAUGGAAACUGAAUUCAGUCAAUUCCAGUCAACAGGAAAAGCACAAGAUUUUGGCUCCUUAUCUAAUAAUGGCUCUAAGGAUGAGUUGCUGUUAACCGAAAAUGACGAUGGGCUGAAAGGCAAGACAAGGAUUCCCUCUUCGACAAGUCCGUUUCAUCCGGAGAGUGGUUCUCCAAAAAGUAACGAGUCUCAUAGCAAAAGGCAUAAUCCUUUGGCUCCUCCUGGAGCGUCACCUCUUCCUCCAAUGUCCAUUGCCAUGAAUUUUGCCAGAAAAAAAGCUUGGCCUGCAAGUUUAGCAAUUGAACGUGAUAAUACCGCUGAUGCAAUCUUUUCAAGAGAAGAAGGUAAAGAAGAACAAUUUAAUAUGGAAGGUGUGAAAACGAAGUCGGGACGUAAAGUUCAUCGACCUAAUCAUUUCGAUCCUUUGGUGAAAUUACCAACCAGAAAACGUGGUCCUGGUCGGCGGCCUACUAUUGCUUUGACGAUGAAAUGUUGUAUAUGUCAGCGCUUACAAUCACCACCUACAAAUCGCAUCGUUUUUUGUGAUGGUUGCAAUGCCCCAUUUCAUCAGCUCUGUCAUGAACCAAAUAUACCUGAUUCACUUUUAGAUUCUCCUAAUGGCGAAUGGUUUUGUAACGCUUGCUCGCAACGAAAACAUCAAAAGCCUUUAAUUGUAGGGUCUACUGCAAAAGAAUUGAGCUUGUCCCUGGAAGAAAAAAGGUCUUAUUUGUUUAGUCUACCAACCUCACAUUUGGUUGACAUACUACUUAUGUGCGAACAAGCUCAUCCAGAAUUACCGACUUUAAGUCCGAAUGCAGUCUCAUUUAUAAAAAAUAAAAAGCAAGAAAAAACUCCUGUUGUAUCUUCGGAAGUUAUGUCCCAACCAGGAUUUGGUGAUAUUUCAUCCGAUGCCCAUGAGGUUUCUCAAGCAAACCUUCAAGGACUAACGUCCUCAAGCUUUAACUUGGAUUCUGUCACUGAUUCGGUUGUUUCUCAAGAUCAUAUAUUUCAAUUCUCAGAAAAAGAGCAUGUUCCAUCUAUCGAUGAGUAUAUGCAAACUCACAGUAACGCCGACGAGGUGAUGCUUGAAGUAUUAGAGAAGUUUCCAGCCGUUGCUUCUCUUGAUUCUAUAAUUAGUUAUAUUCAAAGCAAUUAUGGUGAUAAACAUUUAAAUAAUUCAGAUAUAAUCAGAACGCUGAAUCGGCUGGUACGAAAGGGGCGUGUUCUCCGGGAUGCCACUGGUGUCUCUUACGAAUUGGAUCGAGCAUUCGAUAGACAAAAACCUUCCAUUCGUAAUGAUGUUUCUGUAACUGGACCAAUACCUAUCGAUUUUAUGUUGUACACGCCAAAUACAGACGAAUUAGAUGAAUCUUUCUGUACUCAUUAUGUUUUCAACGACUCUGCUGUACUUUAAUCAUUAUUUGCAUUGUGAUAUUCUGGGACGAUUGCAUCGCAUACAAAUCCAAAAAAAAAAUAAUGGAAUUGCUUUGCAAAAUGAAUGAAAUGACUAUUAGAUGAAUUUUAUAGAAUCUAAUUUAAAGAAACUAAAUAGAAAUACAAAGCAAUAAAAGUUUUGUGAAUAGGAAAAUUGUUUUUUUCUUUUUUUUUUUUAAAAAACGAGAGAACGGAUAAUAAACAAGAGAUGAAUCAAUCAUAAUUAAAUAACAGUUU